AUGUUUGGGGACCUGUCGAUCAAGGUCAAAGGGGCCGACUGUGGCGUCGAUGCCCUUUUUCUUGCCAUCAUCACGUCGAUCGGCGGCUUCCUUUUCGGCUACGACAUUGGUCAGAUCUCCGGCACCAUUGUUUUCGACGACUUUGUCCAUCGGUUCCUCACUAAUGGCUCGCCCACGAUCAAGUCUCUCCUGGUCUCUUUCUUUAGCAUUGGCUGCCUCUUUGGCGCGCUGGCCGGCGCGUACACGUCAGACUGGUUUGGACGACGAAAGAGUAUCGCCUUGGGGGUGUUCAUCUUCAUCUUGGGAGAUGCCAUGCAAGUUACGGCAACGCAUAGCUGGAUCCAUCUCACCAUGGGCAGAUUUGUUGCUGGCCUCGGUAUCGGCAACCUUUCUGUUGGCGUUCCCAUGUUCCAAUCCGAGUGUGCUCCGCGGGAAAUUCGUGGAGCUGUAGUCGCUUCAUACCAGCUCCUCAUUACCAUUGGUAUCCUCUUCGGCAACGUCGUCUGCUAUUUUAUGCGCCGCCAUCAGGAGGACAGCGAAACAUGGCGUCUCGUCAUCGGCAUAGGAGCCUUGUACUCCAUACCUCUUGGAGAAAAAGCCCGCCAAUCGCUAUCACGACUUCGCGGCAAGAGCAAGGAUCCUAGCAAUGUCCUCGUUGAGAACGACAUGCACGAAAUGAGGGAGGUUUUGGCAUUGGAACGCCAGACUGGCACUGCUUCGUGGAUUGAGUGCUUCUCGCUCAAAUCAAGGGUUCCCAAGACGCGCUACCGCACUUUUCUCGGUAUGGGUCUUCACUUUCUACAACAGUGGACGGGCAUCAACUACUUCUUCUAUUACGGCACUACCAUCUUCUCCACUGCUCACAUCAAGGAUCCAUUCCUUGUGCAACUCAUUCUCGGCACCGUCAAUGUUGCCACUACGUUUCUCGCCGUUUAUUUAGUUGACAAGUUUGGCCGUCGAUGGCCUCUAAUCCUCGGAGCCAUUUGGCAAGCUGUGUGGUUGAUGAUUUUUGCCUCCAUUGGCACCGCGACCAAUCAUCUCCCCUCAGUGUCGAGCACCUAUGGCGUCGUCAUGGUUCUGUCAUCUUGCAUGUUCAUUGCUUCGUUUGCGGCUACCUGGGGUCCCAUUGCCUGGGUUGUCAUGGGCGAGACAUUUGCUCUACGCACGCGUGCAAAACAGGCCUCGUUGGCCACAGCAGCCAACUGGCUGGGCAAUUUUUUGAUCGGAUUCCUCACUCCACACGCCGAUAGAGGCUUGUCAUACGCGUUUGGGUACAUCCUAGCCAGCGCCAACCUGGCCGCUGCCGCCGUAGUUUGGAUGUACUUGUACGAGUCCUCGCUGCUCAGCCUGGAGAGCGUGGACAUCAUGUACAGUAUGCACGACGUUGUGCCAUGGGAGAGCGCCCGCUGGGUGCCACCCGGAUACGUCACACGCCGGGUACGAGACGAGCAGCGUUUCCGCAGAUUGAGCAUUCAAGAAAUGGUGGAGAUGGCCAACAAGGAUGCCAGUGUCAAAUCUGAUGAGAACGCUGGCCAAAGUAGCCAGGUCUGA